CCCUUCUCAAGCCUUGCGUCAGCUCCACGACGUAUAUGAACCCAAGCCGGUCCCGCAGUCAAACUAAUCGCUCUGUCUCCAGCCCCGAAACAAGAAAAAGAAACAGGAAAUCUACCAAAAUACAGAUCGUGAGCAGACUUUUUCUUCUAACCAGGAAGCUACGGGACAAAUACAAGGCUAAAGGGAGCUGGAACGACAUCGCACACGUUUUGAUUAAGUAUUAAAAUAAAAGGCGAGGAACGGGACUUUUUGGGGUAAACGACGUUACGGUUAGAACAUAGACUUCUCUCCUACUUGAUGUGAAAACGGUGCAACAACUUUAAAGUGAGACGACGAGGAAGUUUUGCUAUUUUUCCUUCCAACACUUCAACCGAGAAGAAGACGUCGAAAUAACACAAGUCAACGUUGCCUGGCCGACGCUGCCAUGGAUUCUGGAAAGCAAAUCACCUUCCCAUUGAUGCUGUGUGUUGGGACCGCCGUGAUUGGAUCCCUGCAGUUCGGAUACAACACGGGCGUCAUCAAUGCACCUCAAAAGAUCAUUGAAAACUUCAUCAACGAAACAUGGGCUGCACGUUACCAGACGCCCAUUUCGGACAACACCCUCAAAGCCAUCUGGUCCAUCGCCGUUGCCAUUUUCUCCGUCGGCGGAAUCUUCGGCUCCUUCUCAGUUAGCGUUUUUGUCAACCGCUUUGGAAGGAGAAACUCCAUGCUCCUGGCUAAUGUCUUGGCCCUAAUCUCAUCGGCCCUGAUGGGUUUCUCCAAGACAGCAUCCUCCUUCGAGAUGCUCAUCAUCGGUCGCUUUGUGGUGGGCUUUUACUCGGGCCUCUCCACUGGCUUUGUGCCCAUGUAUGUGGGUGAGGUGUCGCCCACGGCGCUUCGCGGGGCUCUGGGGACCCUCCACCAGCUCGGCAUUGUCGUGGGCAUCCUCAUUGCACAGGUGUUUGGAUUGGAGGCCAUCAUGGGCAACAGCGAAUUGUGGCCACUCCUCUUGGGCUUCAUCUUCAUCCCGUCGGUGAUGCAAUGCAUCCUGCUGCCCUGCUGCCCUGAAAGUCCACGUUUCCUGCUUAUCAACAAAAAUGAAGAAAAUAAAGCCAAGACUGUGCUGAAGAAGCUGAGGGGCACCAACGACGUUAGCGCUGACAUGCAGGAGAUGAAGGAAGAGAGCCGGCAGAUGAUGCGGGAGAAGAAGGUGACCAUUUUGGAGCUGUUCCGCUCACCACUCUACCGCCAGCCCCUCCUCGUCGCCGUUGUGCUGCAGCUUUCCCAGCAGCUCUCAGGCAUCAAUGCUGUCUUCUACUACUCCACGAGCAUCUUUGAAAAGGCUGGAGUGGCACAGCCAGUUUAUGCUACCAUCGGCGCUGGUGUCGUUAACACAGCUUUUACUGUGGUGUCGCUAUUUGUGGUGGAGCGCGCCGGCCGGAGGUCUCUGCACCUGCUGGGACUGCUGGGAAUGGCCGGUUCUGCCCUCCUGAUGACUAUUGCCAUGGCCCUUCUGGACCAGGUCAAAUGGAUGUCCUACUUGAGCAUCGUGGCCAUCUUCGCCUUCGUGGCCUUCUUUGAGAUCGGACCCGGUCCCAUACCCUGGUUCAUCGUAGCUGAAUUGUUCUCUCAAGGGCCCAGGCCUUCAGCUUUUGCUGUGGCCGGUUUCUCCAACUGGACUGCCAACUUCAUUGUGGGGAUGGGCUUCCAGUAUUUAGCUACGGCGUGCGGCGCAUAUGUCUUUGUCAUCUUCAUCGUGCUGCUACUCAUCUUCUUCGUCUUCACCUACUUCAAGGUCCCCGAGACCAAAGGUCGGACUUUUGAUGAAAUUUCAUCCGGCUUCCGCCAGAGCGCAGUCACGGGAGGUGAGAAGCACGAGGAGCUCAAUAGCCUGGGGGCUGACUCGCAGCUCUGAAGUAGCCCUUCACUGCCAAGUGAUGGGACAAACUCUUGAUCACCGCGAGGAGGGGGUGGACCGACUAGAACGUGGGAGGCAGGGAGAAGGGAUGAUUGGGUCUACUUGCUAGAUGGGUCCCGGCGUAGAAUCGUUUUCACACUGUCAGCACAUUUCGGUUGUCUUUAUCGCGUGUGAUCCUCCUUUUACGUCUUCUGCUGCCCAUCCCCCACUGACACGCACACACACACACACACUUCUCUCCUCCUAUGUCACUCAAAACGCUCGACGGGCAGCGUUUGCCCCCGAAGAUGUGAAAGAGGUGUGUUGGAAGGUUUCUGAUAUUUCAAAGAAGAAAGACGACCGCGCUACUUUUUUCUUUUUUAAAGAUCUACCUUUUCACUGAGCGAUCAUACUGUAAAAUGCUGUAACACUGUAGAAUAGACUCACGCACUGGAGCUCCUGCACGGCUUCUUCCUACAGAUGGCGCACUUUUCCUUGAAAUAACUCCCCCAAUAUGUUACUGAGAAAAAAGUGAUAGCCUUCACAGCAUUGUUACAACUAAUUUUAAUAUAUAUGUAUAUUACUUAUUGAUUUUAGAGGGCCAAUAUUUUACUCAAAUUUUUGUAAAAAAAACUUGUGUAUGUAGUUAAAAAUGUUAAUGAAAAGGAGUCUGGGACCUCAGUGGAAAAAAUUAAAAUAC